AUGUCCUCUGCUCAUGAUGCCACCACCAAGGUCUCCAUCGACAAGUUCGACGGCGACAACUACGCGACGUGGAGCCGCUACAUGCGUGGCGUGUUCCUGACCAAGUCGGCGUGGCACGUGGUGAACCGGGAGACCACCCCCACCUUCGCCGAUCCUCGCGCCAGUGACGACUACAUCAAGACGAACAACAUUGCGUUCGGCUUGAUGCUGCUGCACAUGAGCGCGGAUUAUCAUCACGUGGUUGAUGACUGUGAAGAGGCGUGGGUCGCGUGGGCGCGUUUGAAGACGCUGUACGGCGGGUCGCAGAAGGCUGGACGCAUCUACUUGAAUCGCCAGCUGUUCAGCAUGGAGAUGGCGGAAGGCGGCAAUGUGAUGCAUCAUUGCAACGAAGUCCUCAACAUCAGCGCGAAGCUCAGCAGCAUCGGCGCCAAGAUGGAGGACGAGGACGUGGCGAUCUGCUUGUUGCGCAGCCUCCCCAAGAGCUACGAGAACGUCGUUCUCAACUUGGAGAUGAGCAGCGCGGAACUGCGAUCGCGAGACGUCGUGAGAGUGCUCACGAAUGAGCACAUCAAGAGACAAGGUGACAAGACGACAUCGGUGAAGACUGAAGACGCGGCGAAGGCGUUCAGUGCCGAGCGUGAACCUCGCCAGUGUACAUACUGCGGAAAAUUGGGGCACACGGCGGAGCGGUGCUGGACCAAGCAGAAGGACGAAAAUCAAGGUGGAGCUCGACGCGGCGGCAACAAUGCUCGUGGACGCGGAGCCAACAACGUUCAGUGGCGAACCAACAGCAACUACGAUGACAACUACGAUCGAGUUGCGUUCGCGGUUUCGCUGGAGGCUGGACUUUCGACGGGCAAGAAUAUGCCAGGGAUGUGGGCAGUCGACAGCGGUGCGACGCAUCACAUCUGCAACGACAAGGCCAAGUUUGCAAGCCUGAAUGAGCGAGAGGAAGGCGAACUAUCAGUGGCUGAUGGCAGCAAGGCUGCGAUCAAGGGUGUGGGAACCAUCAUGGAACGGGUGGUUCUGCCCAAUGGUGACGAACUCGACAUCGAGAUCAAGGACGCACUGUUCGUACCAAGUAUGAGCAAGAAUCUGCUUUCGGUGCCACAGAUCAACAAGGGUGGCAGGUUCCAAGUCGUGUUCGAUGGAUCCAAGAUGCAAGUGAAGCGCAAGAAUUCCACACAAGUCGUGGCAACAGCGGAUCUCGUCGAUGGACUUUACUGGCUGCGGACUCCUCAACGAUCGGCAAAUGCAGCAACACGCAAUGGGACCAUCGACUUGCAUGCGCGCAUGGGUCAUGCACCCCUCGAAGUUCUGCGCAAGAUGGUGGCCACUGGCAUGAUCAAGGACGCCAAGGCACCUCUCAACUCGACUGGUCCAAGUGUGUGUCGCGGUUGCCAGCAAGGAAAGAUGGUUCAAAAACCAUUCCCAACCAACCGUGACAAACGCCAAUAUGGUGUGUUCGAGUUGCUGCACUUCGACAUCUGCGGGCCAAUGGAACAAGUUUCGAUCGGCGGCAGCAGAUACUUACUGCUUGUGGUUGACGAAGCCAGCGGUUGCAUGAAGGGCUUCUGUCUGCGGUCCAAGUCUGAGAGUGAAGACUGUAUCAAGAACCACAUCAUCAAGAUUCAAACUCAGUUCGGCACGAAGAUCAAGUUUGUUCGGCACGAUGGAGCGCAUGAGUUUGCGACCAACUCCAUCAAGACCUUCUACGAAGAUCAUGGUAUUGAACAACAGAUCACGGUGCCGUAUGCACACCAGACCAACGGCACCGCAGAACGCGCGAUAAGGACCAUCGUCACGAUCGGACGCAGCUUGUUGCAUCAUGCAAAGCUGGAGAAGUGUUUCUGGGCUGAAGCGGCAAUGACGGCGAUCUACAUCAAGAACCGCCUGCCUUCACCCAAGAUCGACCACAAGACUCCGUUCGAGAUCGUGUACAAGUCGAAACCAAGUGUCAAGCACAUGCGCGUGUUUGGAUGUCGGGCGUUUAUCCUGACACCAAGGGAGAAGCGAUUGAAGUGGGACCCGAAGGCUUGUGAAGGGAUGUUCAUGGGCUACGAAGAAGCGUCAAAAGCUUAUCGAGUGUACGACAUUGAGGCGGGCCAAGUGGUGAUCAGUCGUGACAUCACCUUCGACGAAUCGACUUUUGACUUUUCGAUGGACCGACCAAGUGACGAUGAUGAAGAUGCGGAGUUGGACCUCGACCUCCUGGCGAUCAACGAGGACGACGUGCGUCAAACCGUCUACAAGCAGACUGGCAAGCGCAAGAGUGAAGCAAGACCCGGCAUGUCACGUUCAGCUCGCCCUCGAACUGGGUUGGAACAAGCAAGUGCGCCGGAACACGUCUCCAACCGUCCCCAGAAACGACGAUCAAGUGCUCCAGAAACGAUGUCUGAUGACGAAGAAGAUGCAAGCGUGUACGAUCAAGAUGACGACUCGACGCCUCCAACAUUUUGGCGUGCAAGUGCAAACGCAGUGGAAGCAACGGACCCUAGCAGAACCUGUGACUUUUCAAGACGCGAUCAAUGGUCCUGA